AAAUAAUAUAAUCAUCUCUUUAUUGUAAACUUUGUCAGGAUUCAGUGAUAACAACAAUAAUUACAACAACUUCAAGUUAAUAAAUUUAAAAAGCCAAAAAAUUAAAUGAUCUGUGUUAUGACUGUUUGAAAUAUUUAUAAUAGUGUAUAAAUUUACAGGUGUUAUUUAUUUGAAUGUUUAACAAAAUUGACGUCGUGUCAUAUAAAAAUGGCGGAUUAACAAAUAAAAAAUUAAUAACAAAUAAAAUUAUAGUAUUUAUUAUAAAAAAAAAUAUAUAUAUUCCAAUAGAUAAAUAAUUAUAUAAAUAAACAAUUAAAAUGUUUAAAUUAGAAUCAUACAUAACCCCAGUACUUUUAAAUUACGUUGGUAAAUAUGUUAAAAAUUUUAAGCCAGAACAAUCACAGGUAUCAUUAUGGGGUGGUGAUGCAACAUUUCAAAAUUUAGAUCUUCGGCUAAAUGUAUUAAAUGAACAAUUUAAUUUUCCAUUUACAUUUGUAAGUGGUCAUAUACAUGAGCUAUUAAUUCAUGUACCAUGGGUUAAAAUAACAUCAGAACCAAUAGUAAUAACAAUAAAUACAAUUGAAUGUAUAUUAAAAAUGAAAGAUGGAACAGAAAAAAAUGAUGAUACACAAAAUACACAAAAAUCAAAUGAAUCAUUACAAGAAAAUGCACCACCUGGUUAUAUUAAAAGUAUUGUUACAAAAGUUGUUAAUAAUAUAACAAUAAAUUGUAAUAAUUUAAUACUUAAAUUUGUUGAAGAAGAUAUUGUAUUAAGUGUUAAUAUUAGAUUUUUAUCAAUGCAAACAGUUAAUGAUAAAUGGAAACCAACAUUUACUGAUGUUAGUGGUAAUGAAAUGAUAUUAAGAAGAGUUGUUACUAUUGAAGAUUUAACAUUAUGCCUUGAUAAAAUGGAUUCAUCUGGUAAAAUUGAUAUAUAUCAAGAUCCAGUUGUUUAUAGAUGUUCAAUGACAAUAAGAUUACUAAUGAAUUAUUUAAAUAGUCAAUCAAAACGUGCAACAAUAAUACGUUUUGAUAUGCAUUGUGAAAAAAUGGAUUUUAGUAUGACUGAACAACAAAUACCAAUGUUAUUACGUUUAAUAACAAUAAUGAUGUCACGUAAAAAUAAAAAAUUACUAUCAAUUAAUGAAAAAAGAAGCUCAUUAAAUGAUGUUAUUAUUGAUGUUGAUGAUGAUUCUUCUGUUAAUAAUAAAAAUCAUGAUAUUUCUGAUGAUAAUACAAAUGUAAAUAAUAAUGUUGAUAUUGAUGAUGAUACAUUAUCAAUUGCAUCAAUGAAUAAUGAAAAUAAUAGUAGCUUAGGUUGGAGUACAUGGGCAUGGAAUACAAUGACAUAUGUAUUACCAGUUGAUUGGAAUGAUGACUGGUCAAUUGAUAAUGAUACAAAUGAUAAUAUUGUACAUACAUUUCAUUUUGGUAUUUAUAUUAAAAAUGCAAUAUUAACAUUUAAAAUAAUUGAAAAUACAAAAGAAAAAUAUAAAAAUAAAACAAUGAAAAUUAAAUAUAGACAAUUUUUAACAUUGAAAUUAAAUGGUGUUGUAUUAACAGCAAUACAACAAAUGAUAACAACAACAGCAUAUCAAUUUGGUAUUAGUUCAAUAAUAUUAUUACCAAGAGGUUGUUGUAAUUGUGGUUUUAAUGAAGUUAAAAGUAUUGAAAAAAUACCUAUUAAUUAUUUAACAUGUGGUAAUGAUAAUACAGAUGAUAAUUCAUUAUCAACAUAUUUAAAUGAUUCAUUAUUUGAUGAUAAUUCACUUGAAAAUAAUGAUAAAAUUAAAGAUUAUAAAGAUGAAAUAACACAACGUUUAACAACAAAUAUUAUUAUUAAAAAAAUGCUUGAUAAUUGUCCAGCUUUGAGUUUUGAUUUUAUUCAUAUUAUUGAAUUACCAGAUAAUUUAACAGACAAUGAAUUAUUUAAACUUGGUACAAAUUUUGAAAAUAGUAAUUUUAAAGAAAAUGAAAUAAUUAAAUAUUUUAUUGGUAAUUUAAAUAUUAAUAUUUGUUCUGGUAUGAUACAUCGUUUAAAUAAAAUUAAAUGUUCAAUUAAAAAAUCAGAUUUUUUAAAUUCAUUACCAACUAAAAUGAUACCAAAAAUUGAUGAAUUACCACCAGUAACUGUUGAAGAAUUUACAUCAUUAAGUGAUUAUGUACCAAUAACAAAAACUCAUAUUAAUAUUAAUAAAUUUAUAAUUAAAUUACAACUUGCUGAUCAUCGUAUUGAUGCUAAAAAAAUUAAAAAUAUUGAAAAAAAUAUAUCAUUAAAUACAAAAUUAUUAAAUUAUCCAAAAUUAUAUUUAGAAUUUGAUGAAAUAAUUGGUACAAUAACAUUACCAAUGUAUGGUUAUCGUCUUGUUGCAUGUGCAUCAAAACAAAAUAUAUUACCACCAAAAAUGUUAGAACAAUGUUAUAAAAAAACAACAAUUAAAUUUAAAGGUUUAAAUAGUCGUCUUUAUCUUGAUACAAAUAAACAAACAUCAAUUAUAAUGCCAACUAAUAUUGAUUGUAAUAUUAAUACAUUAUUAUAUCCUCAAUAUUGGAUAAAUAAUUACAACAUAAUAAAACAAGAUGAAAAUAUAAAAAUUAACUGUUUAACAUUAACAACAACAAAAUCAAAAUUAAUCAUAAUACAUUCAAUAAUAAUGUCAAUUUUUUAUUCAAAUUAUUAUAUUGAUAAUCCACUUAUUUGUUCAUCACUAUUUGAUGAUGCAUCAAAUGAAUUUAAUCCAGUAUAUCUUGAAUUAUUAAUUGAAAAUAUAAAUUAUUCAUCAAUUAAAACAUUUAAAAAAAAUCAUAAAAAAUUUAAUAUUUCAAGUAUUAAAAUAUUUGCUAUUGAUAAUAAUAGCCAAGCUGUUAUAUUAUCAGGACCAGAAACAAACAACACAAUUGAUACAAAUGAUAAUUUAUUAACAGCUGAAUUAAAAUUACCAAUUAAUAAUAAUGCCGAUGAUAUUGAUAACAAUGAUUUAAUAAUAUUGCUAUUUAAAAUAUCACAAACACGUAUAUCAAUUGAUCCAUUAUUAAUCAAUUGGUUGAGUUAUAAUUAUAAUUACUAUGAAAUGGAUAUUAAAAAUACAAAUCGUCAUGAAUAUCGUGAUGAAAAUUCAUCAGACACAAGUACUAAAAAAACAUUUCCAAGUCUACAUGAAAAUGUUCACAGUCCAUCGGAGAAAGAUAAAAAAUGGCACUGGAAAGUUGAUAGUAAUAGUAAAAAAAAUUUACAUAAUACUACUUUAGAUGAUGAUGAUUAUGAUGAUGAUCAUAAUAACAAUGAUGAAAUUGAUAAUGGUAUAUUUAAAAGAAUUAAAAACUCUUAUUUUUUAUGGAAUAAAAUUGUUUUAAAUAUAAAUAUUGAACCAUUUGUUAUUUAUAUACCAACAAAAACAAUGAAUGGUCUUGAUAUGAAUGGUAUUGAAAAUUCAAAAAAUCGUGCAUUAAACAAUGAUAAUAGCUUGGAAUUAAUUGUUAUUAAAACAUCAAAUUUAACAAUAAUAUCAUCAAAUUAUACUGAUUAUAUUGAUGAAGAAAAAAAAAUUAAUAAUUUUCCAUGGGAUUUAAAUUUAACAGAAUUUCAUUGUUAUACAAUAACAAAUAAUAUUAAAUUAAAUUUAAUUAAAAUUGAAUCACUUAAAGCAACAAUUGAUGCAAUUAUUAAAACAACAAAUGAAAAAAAUUUAAUAAAUAAUACACUGGGUAUAUGUAUUUACAUUGAUACAUCACCAAUAAUUAUUUCAUUGUCAAAAAAACAAUUGAAAUUAAUGAAAAAGAUUAUAAUAAAAAUACUUAAAAUCAUUGAAAUAAAUUGUACAUCUCAAAAAGUUCCAAUUAUUAUUAAUAAUAAUAUUAAUAGCAACAAUACUAAUAACAAUAAUAGUAAUGUUGUAGAAAAUGUAAAAGCUUUUACAUCACAACAAUCACAAAGUCCACAUAUUUUUUGUACAGAAGAAACAGAUACAACAUCAACAGCAUCAACAUCAAAACAAGAUAGUAAUAAAUUAAUGAAAAAAGAUGAUAAUAAUGUUACAAUGACAGCAUGGAUACAAUGGACAAUAACAAAAAUAGCAUUAAAAUUAUAUAGUAAUGAUAAAGUAGAUAAUAAAAUUGAAAGAAAAACAAUAAUUAUAUUUGAAGAUAUAAUAACAUCACUUGAUUGGCAACCAAUAUAUAUACAAUUAAAAAAUAAAAUAACAACAGCAAUUGGUUUACAUUAUAAAAAAUAUAAUAAUGAUAAAAAUUCAGAAUGGAAAAUUGGUGAAUAUUCUGGUUUAAUAAUGUGUUUAACUGAUACAGAUGAUUAUUCAUCAAAUGAAGAUUUUAUAAAUAUAACAGCAACAACAGCAAGAUCAAAUGAAGUAUAUACAAAAUGGAAUUUUGAUAGACAAAAUUGUAAAUUUAUCAAAGAAAUAUUUGAUCCACUUAUUUAUUUUCAUUCAGAAGGUAUAAAAUUUGUAUUUCCAACGAAAAUUAAUAUUGAUAAUGAUUUACAACAUGAUACAAUUGUAUUUGAAAUAACUGAUAUGACAAUUAAUCCACAUCCAAGAAAUCCAAUAUGUCGUAAAAUUUAUAGAACAGAUAUUUAUGAAUCAGCAGCACAAGCAAAUUUAUUAAAUAGACCUGGUUCAGCUGUUGAAGAUCGUCAAUAUAAUAUAUCAUUAUCAUCGGUAUCAUGUAAAGCUCAAAAUUGGAAAAUUCAUGAAGAUCAACUUAAAGAAAAUUUUAAAAAAUCAUCACUAUCUAAAAUUAAUGAAAAUCCAGCAUUAGAAUGGAAUACAAUGAGGAAUUUACAUUAUUCAUAUAAUAAACCAACUUUUUUUUUUUCAAAUAUUGAUAUUAAAAUAAUAAUUGCACCACCAAUUAUUUAUAAAUUUGAUACAAUUAUUUGUGGUAGUGCUAUUGAAUUAACAUGUCCACAUGAUAUAGAAAUUUCUAUUGUACUUGAUGAAGUUAAACUAAUACUAAAAUUUAUCAAACAAUUUAUUGAACUUAAAAAUGAUUAUAUUAAUGAAAAUAUCAAUACAACAAUUAUUGAUAAUGAUAUUAGUAAUUUUUAUUCAUCAGUAUUAAAUGUAAAUACUUUAAAUGAUACAUCACAAGAUUCAACAAGAGAAUAUGGACAAGAUAGUGGUGUUGAUGUUGAAAUAUCAAGUACAGAUAUUGCUUUUAAUAUACAAAAAAAUUAUAAAAAUACAAUAACAUCAUUACCAUGUGAAUAUUUUUUAAAUUUUGGUAAAAUAACAAUUGAUAUUUAUAGUUUAUCAACAAUUGAAAAUAAUGGUUAUGAUAUUAAUAUAAAAUUUUUACCAUUAAUGUGUAUGAUUAUUGAUCAACCACAUGUAUAUAUUUUAGAAAAAAAAUAUACAAAAAUUGUUAAAAUUAAUUGUUUUGAUUAUUCAAUAGCAUUUACUAAAAAUAUAACAGCAUGUUAUUUAUCAGAACGAAUUGAUGUUAUAUAUGAUUAUUAUAUUAUUGAAACUAAAAAUGGUGAUUCAAAUCCAAGUACUGGUAUACCAUCGUCAUUUAUUGUUGUUGAAUAUGAAAAAAAUCAAAAAAAUAAUUCAAUAAAUAUUGAUAUGGGUAGACCAAUUAAAUUUAAUUCUUCAUUAUUAUUACUUGAACGAAUUGACAUAGUUAAAGAAAAGAUAAUUAAUUGUUUUGAUUGGAAAAAUGAAUUAUCAAAUGAUAAUGAUGACCUAACUGAUAAAUCAUUAGAAACAAAUAAUGAAAAUCGAAUUAAAAAAUUUAUGAUUAAUCUACCAAAUUUAAAUAUAACAACAAAACAAAUUGUAUAUGAAUUUAAAACAGAUUUAUCAUCUGGUGCAAUGAUUAGUAUUGCUGGUUUAUCAAUUGCUUUAUCAAGUAAAUCACGAAUAGUUGUUGCAAAUUUUAAUAUUAAAUCAGCAAUGAUAACAACAUUUAUUGAUACAAAUCGUGCAUUUUUAAAGCCUCUAACAAUGAAUAUUGUAACAAGUAUAAUAUGGGAACCUUGGCAAGAUACAAAUAACAUACCAAAAAUUCGUAUUCAAGCAUACAGUGAUGAUAUACGUUUUGAUAUUGGUCCAGAACAUAUUAAAGUAUUACAAAAUAUACAAAAUAAUAUUAAAAAAAUAACAGAUAAAUAUUUUAGUAAUUAUAUCAAUGAACAAAUAGAUGAUGAUAAAAAAAAUACAAUUACAAUAACAGAACAACAUUAUCAAGAUGAUUUAAAAGUUGGUGCAUUUCAAUUUAUUGAAGGUAAUCAUGAUGAGCUACCAAAUCCUUAUCAAGUUGUUUAUUCAACUGAUAUUAAUAAUCAAACAAUUUCAUGGAGAUAUCCACAACCAAGACACUUGACACGUUUACAUGUUACACCAUUAUUUUUUGAAUCAAAUUGUGAUACAGUUGAUGAUAAUGACGAAGACAUUGACAAUGAUGAUGAUGAUGAUAGUAAUAGAAAUAACAAUGAAGAUGAUGAUGAUGAAGAUGAAGAUGAAGAUUAUUAUAAAAAUAUUCAUUGUGUUAUUGAAUAUUGGAGUGAUUGUUUAAUGUCAUAUCAACGUUAUAUUGAAUUAAAUUUAUCAGAUACUGAAAAAUCAACAUUUCAAUUACGUAAUAAAUCACCAACAAGAGCUGUUGCAUGUGUAUGGCGUCUUGUAUUAUAUUCAUCAUCAAAAAUUGAUACUAAAAAACUUGCUGCUUGUUUAAGAAUUGAUUCAUAUUUUAAUUCAUCAUUAAUACCAAAUAUUGAUAUAACAUUUAGUUUAAAAUCAAUUGAAUUAUCAUUUUAUAAUCAUAUUGAUAUAAAUAUAUAUAAAAAUCUUCCAAAACCAAUUGAUUAUUAUAAAUUAAAUUGUCUACCUCCAUCAACUCAAUGUUUUUCAAUAAUAAAUAUAAAUAAUGUUAUUAUUGUUUAUAAUAAAUGGAAUAAUUCAAUGCUUAUGGAUUUUAAUGGUUGUUUAAAUAUUAAAAUACUUGAUCAUGCAACUUUAUUAAUGCAAAAUUUAAUUAAUAAAUUUGAUUUUAAAUUUCAAAUAUCAACAAUAAAAAAUAGCAUUAAUAUUAGUAUGAUGUGUAAUGAUUUAUGGAUAUUAUUUGGACCAGAAAUAUCACAUACAUUAACAUCAUCAUUUAGCAUAUGGUCAUCAUCUCUUAAUAGCCAACAAAAUGAUGAUAAUAAUAUUGUUAUUUUCACAAGAUAUGUCAUUGCUAAUGACACAAAUAUACCAAUAGUAUUUAGUCAAAAUAAAUCAUCAGAUAAUAUACUUAUUCGAAAUCGUGAAUGUAAUUUUUAUUCAUGGUAUAAUAGCAAUAAUAAUAAAACACUUAGAAUUUGUAUUAAGCAUGAAAAAAAUAUUGUAAAUCAACAAGAUACAAUGCCUAGUCAAAAAAAUAAUAAUAUAGAAGCAAUAUGGUCAUCUGAAUUUAAUAUUGAUAAUGAUGAAACAAAGCUAAUAAAAUUUAAUAAAGAAAUAAAUUUUAUAUUAUAUGUUAAUAUUAAAUCAUUAUCAACAACACAAAAACUCAUAACAUUUACUGGACAAUUAUUAAUAUUUAAUAAAUUAAAUACAGAUAUAAAAUUAAAAUUAAUUAAAUAUCAAACAACAGAAUUAGAUACAAAUAAAAAAAUAUUAAAUGAAGAAAUUUUUUUAAUUAAAAAUAAUAAUAAAUCAUCAUCAAUAAUAAUUGAUAAAAAAAAUAUAAAUUAUACAAUGAGAUGUAUAUUUGAUAAUUCAAUUGGUUCACAAUGGACUGGUGAUAUACCAUUAAAUUCAAAUAAAAAAUGUGAUCAACCAUGGCUAGUCAAAGUACCAAUUAAAAGUCAUGAUAAAUAUUUAAGUAUAUGGGUUAGAAUAAUACGUGAAAAUAAUGAAUUUGGAAGAAUAAUUGUUAUAUUUAGUCCAUUAUAUAUGAUUAAAUCAUAUUUACCUAAAAAAUGUAAUAUUAAAAUAACAACACCAACAUUAUCAUCAUCAUCAUUUGACAUUGAUAUAUCUGGUUGUGGUGAAUUACAACAAUUAAAUUGUCCAGGUACAUUUGAAAAUUAUCAUCAAUUAACAUUUAAUAAUGAAGAAAAUAUAUCAACAUUUGAAAAUUCAAUACCAUUAUCAUAUGGUUCAAUUGAUCAACGUUCAUAUUUUAAAAUUAACGAUAGUAAUAUUGAUAAAAUUAUUGAUUCAUUAGAAUUAAAUGACAGUCAAAAUUUAACAUGGCCAUUUGAUGAUGAAUAUGAUGAUAAUAUAAUAAACUAUAAACCAGUUGAAGAAUUAAAUACUCAUGUGUUAAUAAAAUAUCGUGAUGCUGGAUUUCUAUCAAGUACAUUAUUAAUAGAAAUUCGUCCUUGGUGUUUUAUAUUAAACACAACUGGUUGUCAAAUAUCAAUAUUAAUAAAUGAUAAUAAUAUUUGUAAUAUACCACAUAAUCAUGUUGCAUCACCACCAAAAUUAGAUGGUAUAUUUAAUAUAGAAAUAAUGAUUGAUAAUAUAAAAUAUAAAUCAUCAUCAUUACAACUUGCUAAUUCUGAAUGGAAUCGUGGUUUUAUUAUGCCACAAAUAUCUGGUUUAAUACCAAUUGAAGGAACAAUUAAAAUAUUAAUUAAUUGUGAUAAAAGUUUUUGUUAUUUAAUAAUAACAUCAUGUAUUAUAAAUGAUACAAGAAUUAUUAAAAUAACAAGUUCACAUAUUAUUUGUAAUUUUACUGAUAAUAUAUUUAAUAUAUCAAAUAUAUCAACAAGUAAAACAUCAAAUUUUAUAACAUUACCAAAUGAUUUAUCAGAUUAUAGUGAAGAAAUUUUAAUAAAUAAAACUAAAAAUAAAGGUAAACCAAUAACAAAAUGGUAUUCAUUUGAUAAAGAUAAUACAUUAGAUAAUGAAUUAUUAUUUAUAUCAUUGAGUACUGGUAAUGGUUGGUCUUGUCCAGUUAAAGUAUGUCAAAUUAUUAGUAGAACAUGUAUUGCUGUACCAAAUGGUAAUACAACAAUUCCAAUUGUUAUAACAACACAAAAAGAUAAAGAUAUAACAUAUAUUAUAAUAUCAAAAGAUAUACAUCCACAAAUGAUUAUUAAAAAUUUAUGUUUAUUUGAUUUAAAUAUUGGUACUCCAAAUUUAAAUAAUAAUAAUAUCAUACAGUAUGAUUCACCACCAUUUACAUGGAUAUGUUGUGUUAAAAGUAAAAAUACAUGUCAUUAUACAACAGUUAAUUUUGGUAGUAGAAUACCAGAUGCAUCAAUUGCACCAGAACCAAAAACAAUAUUAUUAUUAACAUCAAUUGAAAAAAAUUGGCAUAAAAUUAUUGUUAUUAGUGAUGAAAAACCAAUUAAUUUUGAUCAAUUUAUACAAGUUGAUUCAGCAACUGAUUUGAAAAUUAAUGUUAAAAGUCAUGGUCAUACUGUUCAUAUUAUUAUUGAGCCAAAAUCAAUUGUUGAAAUAUCAGCAAAACAUAUACGUGAAAGAUUAACAUCUGAAGGUUCUAUUGAUAAUCGUAAUGUACGUGAUAGUGGUGAUAGUAAUGGUGAAUCAACAAUUUGUAAUUGUCCAUCAUUAUCUUCAUCAUUAAAUGAUGAUGAUACUACAAAUAAUACACCAAUCGAAAUUGAUAAAUUUUUCACAUUUUAUUUCCAUGGAAUAAAUUUCAUAAUAACAAAUGAUGCUGAUAAAAAUGGCCAAAGACAAGAAAUUGCAAGUUUAUAUUUAUCAAAAACAGUUGUAUCAUUAACAUCAAUUGAUAAAUUUUUAAAUAUUGCAUUAAUGACUGAUGAUUUACAAUUAGAUAAUCAAAUGUUUGAUAAAGGUGGUUAUGAUUUUCCAGUUGUUUUUAUAAGUCAAAAACCAAAAUCUAAAACAACAAUAAUAACAAAUAAAUUAUUUCCAUUUUCACUUGAUAAUAUUAUAAAUGAAUUAAAAAAAAAUUCAUUAAUAACAUUUGAAUUUUUUUGGGAAAAAAUUAAUGGUAAAAAUGCAUUUAAAAGUGUUAAUGUAUGUUUUUCACCAAUAAAUAUUUAUAUUGAAGAUAAAUAUGUAACACAAUUAUUAGAAUAUGCAACAUCAUGUGUUAGUCCAUGUUUAAUAAUAUUAAAAAAUAAUAAUAUUAAUUUGAUAAAUAAUAUUGAUUUAUUAAUGACAACAGUACCAGAAAGUAUUAUUAUUGAUUCAAUAAUAAUAAGUAAUCCAUUACAAUUAACAAAUUUAACAAUUGAACCAAUAUCAAUAUUAUUAAGUGUACAUACAUCAGUUAGGCUAUAUGUUGCACUUGAUCAUUCACCAUUACAUUUUGGUAUAUUUGAAAGACAAAAUUUAUUUACAACACCAUAUAAACUUGGUAAUGCAUUGACAAUGCAUUAUUUAUUUGGUGCAAUAUUUGGUGCUGGUUGGGUUGUUGGUUCAUUAGAAAUACUUGGUUCACCAGGUAGUUUUGCACAAGCACUUGGAUCUGGUCUUAAAGAUUUUGUUGCAUUACCAUUUCAAGGUUUAUUACAAGGACCAUGGGGUUUUAUUGUUGGUAUAACACAUGGUUCAGCAAGUCUUAUGAAAAAUAUAACAGCUGGUACAGUUAAUUCAUUAACAAAAUUAGCAUCAAGUGUUGCUAGAAAUUUAGAUAGAUUAACAUUAGAUGAAGAACAUUUACAAAGACAAGAAGAAUCAAGAAGAAUAAGACCACAAGGUAUGACACAAGGAUUAUAUCAAGGUUUAACUGGUUUUGGUAUAAGUAUAUUAGCUGCUGUUGCUGGUAUUGCACAUCAUCCAUUACAAAAUUUUUUAUCGGGUCAAGUAUCAACAAGUGGUCUUGUAACUGGUAUUGGUGUUGGUCUUGUUGGUGUUGUUACAAAACCAUUAAGUGGUGCUGCUGAACUUGUUGCAUUAACUGGACAAGGUUUAUUACAUAGAACUGGAUGGAAUUCAUUACCAACACCAAAAAGACAAUCAUCUAUAUUUAAUAAUAAUAAUUAUCAAAAUAAUCAUAUGAUUAUAUCAACAAGAUAUUAUUGGAAAUUAGAACCAAUUUUAUCUAAAAAAUCUGAUAAAAUAUUACAUACUUGUUGUGGUAAAUUUAUUGAUGAUAAAGGUAAUAUAUUUAUUGUAACAAUUCUAUUAACAAGAAAAGAUUUAAUUGUUAUUAAUAUUGAAGAAGAUAAAAUAUACAAAACAUUUGUUAUACGUGAAUUAGAUAUUGAUAAUGAUGAUCAUAAUGAUAAUGAUGAUAAUUUAUUAAAAUUAAGUUAUUCAUUGAUUAAUAAACAACGUGAUUGUCCAAGAGCACCAAGUGAAAGAUAUGAAAUGACUGUUGAAACAAGAAAUAGAAUUGAACAAUAUGUUAUUAAUAGUACUGGUCUUGUUAAUAUUGAUAAUAAUAAUCAUAAUCAUUCUAUUCAAGGUGUAUCAACUGUUAAUUGUAAAAAUUAUUUAACAUUUUAUCUUGAUCCAUGGGAAAAAUUACAUCUUAUUUCACUUAUGAGUAUUAUUAAAAAACAAGGACAAGGAACGAAUUUCACAAUUUUAUAA